AUGGGAGGCAGAAUUCAUGGAUUCUUAGGCGGUGUGUUAUUAACAUCCGCCAUCACCUAUUAUACUUCACAAUAUAUUCAAAAAAAUCAACAAUUUAUUUCCCAUCAAUUACGAACUUCAGAAAAUAUAAUAAAUAAUCGAAUUCUUAGUGAUAAAGAUUUACAAAAACCUUUGGAACCUAUUAGUUCACAUAUUACUACUACUGGCCGUGUUAGUUUUGGUGAAACUUGUAAAGAUAUUUGGAAUGAUGAGAUUAUAACUAUGGUGAAUUGGAUAUAUAGUAUUAAUUGGUAUCAAUGGGGGGUUGAAUUGGAUAAACUGGUAGUGAAAGCUGUCGAUUCUUUAAAGAAAUAG